CUUUCAACUCCCUGCAAUCUCCACAAUCUUUCAUCGAAAAUGGGGCUCAUCGAUUUUAUCAAAGACAUUAUUCGCCCAGGGAAUGGGGUCGAUUACCCUAAACCUGGGGACAUGGUGACCGUGCAUUACCACGGUUAUCUGUAUGAUCCGACGCGGUCAAAGAAUCGGGGGCGUCGGUUCGAUAGCAGCAUCAAAAGGGGCUUCCCUUUUACAUUCCAGAUCGGAAUGGGCCAGGUUAUCAAAGGAUGGGAAGUAGGUAUUCUGGGAAUGAGUUUGGGGGAGAAGGCUUACCUUACAUUUGGCCCGCAUUAUGGAUAUGGCGAGAGGGGAGCACCCCCAUUCAUCCCGGGUAAUUCCAGCCUUGUCUUCAAUGUGGAACUACUCGCCAUCAACGGCAGAACCCUUCAGUCGGAUGAUUCAGACUGAUGUUCAAUACUUAUGUAUCAAUGAGAACAUCUCGCGUUUAGUAUCCAUGCAUGGAAACCCACCAUUCGUCUAGAUCAGCUAGCAAUGAUGCACUUUACAGCCCCCUCUCAUCCAUCUCGCCGAAUAUCAUGCACUUAAUCUCAUCACUCCAUAGACGUCCCCCAACCAUCCAUUACCCUCACAACCCCACAGCAGCAGCCUCAAUCACCUCCACCACCCUCUCCUG